AUGGUGGCGUCCGUCGGCUGGCUGGCGGCGCCUCUCGUGUCCCGCGCGCUGCUCGCAGCCUCAGGCGAGUCCGGGGAAGUCCCGCGCAAACUGCCGCUGCCGGUCUGGCUGCCCCUGGACGUCCAGGCGUCGCCCACUUACGAGAUACUCUACGUCGUAGAGGCCUACUGUGUCAUUCUCAGCGGCCUCGUCACCCUCUGUACAGACGUCCUCUUCAUUAGACUCAUGCUCAUGGUAACCGCUGAGCUUCACGUUCUGAACUACAAUGUUGCGACUAUGGCCAAGUGGCGAGAGGGACUUUCAGAUGAGCGACAUGAUUAUGGUCAUCAACAAAAUACUGAAGUCCAGGACUCCUACAUGGUAGGUAGAGCACUUCAAGUGGCAGAAACAUCCUAUGAAGAUGGCUCUGACGACCAGUUGUACCAACAACUAGUGACCAACGUUCGCCAUCAUCUGAUCAUCCUCAGGUUUGUAACACCUAGUUACUCUUGA